GUUUGAAGUCUUGCCAACUUUUAUCUUGGAUUGCUGAAGUAGGAAUUUCUGUUCAAGUUCAACUGCUUUCAAAGUAAGGACAUUUUUCUUACAUGUGUACUGAACUGUGUAGUCGGAUGAUAAUACACAUUUUGAUUUAUUUAAAGUCGUUAAAUUCAUUUAUUCGUUUUAGAUUAAUUAAUAUUAGUAUAAUUAUAAUAAGCAAACUACAUUUUGCUACUGAAAAGUAUGUGUUAAGUUCUUAGACUCAAUUUUAUCGUUUUCAUUUGAUUACAUUGGACUUACAGUUACAGCUUAAAUUUUUUUUUUUUUUUUAAAUUGUCGAAAGGUCUUGACUUGAGAGCCCUACAGCUGUGCUGACAACAUAAGUGGGUCAAGUGUGUAGUCACAACACGAAGCGAAAACAUCGCCGUAGUGGUAACACGUCUCAUAAAUCAUAAUCUCUUCCCAGUGUCGUAGUUAGAGGGUGCGGAUGGGAGGUCCGCCAGGGUGCCACUUUUGACUAUGCGGAGGGGGGGGGGGGGGGGGGGGGGGGGGGGGUGGGGGGGGGGGGGGGGGGGGGGGGGGGGGGGGGGGGGGUUAGGCGAACUGCAGUGAGUGUUUAGUGGGUGGGUGGUUUUUAUCGGCCAAGUGCAACGAAAAGAAAGGGAUCUUGAGAUGAAAUACGCAAGACAUAUUUUGUUACCCAGUCCAUGACUACUAAUUAACACCAGUUACUGGAUUGGUGAAAUAAAACAAUUGGCUGAAUUCAAAUGUAAGCAGCCUUUAAUUCUAAACAAGUUGAAAAGAAAUAUUGGGAUAAAAGGGGAGCGAAGAAGAAUAAAACUAGCCCCACCAAUUUGGGGAAUAACCAAUCAAAGGGUGGCCAUUUGAGAGAUGGUUUCUUUAGAUGACGUGGGAUCACGUGAAAUAACUAAAAAUAACCAGCUCAUUGUAGGCCAGUGUGCCAGCUGAAAUCAUAUAGAACUACUCAAAAACAAAAAAAAUGGCAUUAGCCUUCCUCAGCACACAUAACUUCAUUAGUUAGGCCCCACUGGUUAAGACCCAUUAGUUAGGACCCAUUAGUUAGGACUUAAGACCCAUUAGUUAGGACCCAUUAGUUAGGACCCAUUAGUUAGGACAAAUCAGUUAGCACCGAUUAGUUAUGACCCAUUACUAUGGACCCAUUAAUUAGAACCCAUUAGUAAUGACCAAUUAGUUAGAACCCAUUAGUUAGAACUAAUUAGUUAGGAUCCAUUAGUUAGGACUAAUUAGUUAGGACCCAUUAGUUAGGACCCAUUAGUUAGGACCCAUUAGUUAGGCCCCAUUAGAAGCAGCCAUUGAAUAAGAUGAAUUUUAAGAUUGACUUUAAUUGCAGCCAUUGUGAUUUUAUGCAUAUAAUUUUAACUACAGUUUACUAUGAGUCUAAGAUCAAUAAAUCUCUUUAAUUUUUUUAAUUAGAAUGUCAAUGAUUUUAUUGUACGCCGCCCCUCAGGAUUUGUUGCCCUAAAGACGUGGAUUUGUUGCCCUAAAGACGUGGAUUUGUUGCCCUAAAGACGUGCUUGUGUUUGGUCUUAUACAAAAUCCACCACUGUUAUUAUGACUUUGAAAACUAUCAUCUGUUUAAACUCAAAUUUUUCGUUGGUUGAAUGCAUGGUCAGGUUAAGACGUUGGAGGCACUGAGUACAGUCAACAUAGUGACUCAGAGCUGUCACUACAUUUUCCCUCGGUAGUUGAUUGUAGUACGCUCAGGAGAGGGACCAUUGAGCACCUUUGAUUUCGUCUCCCCGUUCCGCCCCCCCCCCCUUUUUUUGUAUCCGCCUUUGACGUUCCGGCAUUUUUCUCUCUGCAGUGAGACCUGGAAAUAACUAACUUCCACUCCUGGGCACCGAAGCAAAGUUGUGCUAUUUGCAAGUACAGUUAGUGUUAAAGAGUUUAUAUGUUCCAGGGCAAGUUAGCUCAUGUUUUAUGGAACAGCGCUAUUUCAGGGUUAAUUAUUGCCAGGUUUUAAUGUGACAAAAAGCAGAAUAUAUUUUUAUACGAAGCGUUGUUGUUGUUCUUGUUGUUUUUUGUAUUUUUGUUGGGUUUUUUUUUUUUGGGGGGGGGGGGCGGGUGCUGGGGAAGGGCGGGUAAACUCCGCCACUGGCAGCACAAUGUCUCGCUACGCCACCAGCGGCACUUGUCUCGCUGAGCCACCAGCGGCACAAUGUCUCGCUACGCUACCAGCGGCACAAUGUCUCGCUACGCCACCAGCGGCAAAUGUCUCGCUACGCCACCAGCGGCACAAUGUCUCGCUACACCACCAGCGGCAAAAUGUCUCGCUACGCCAACAGCGGAACAAUGUCUCGCUAGGCCACCAGUGGCACAAUGUCUUGCUACGCCACCAGCGGCAAAUGUCUCGCUACGCCACCAGCGGCACAAUGUCUCGCUACGCCACCAGCGGCACAAUGUCUCGCUACGCCACCAGCGGAACAAUGUCUCGCUACGCCACCAGCGGAAAAUGUCUCGCUGAGCAACCAGCGGCACAAUGUCUCGCUACGCUACCAGCGGCACAAUGUCUCGCUACGCCACCAGCGGCAAAUGUCUCGCUACGCCACCAGCGGCACAAUGUCUCGCUACACCACCAGCGGCAAAAUGUCUCGCUACGCCAACAGCGGAACAAUGUCUCGCUAGGCCACCAGUGGCACAAUGUCUUGCUACGCCACCAGCGGCAAAUGUCUCGCUACGCCACCAGCGGCACAAUGUCUCGCUACGCCACCAGCGGCACAAUGUCUCGCUACGCCACCAGCGGAACAAUGUCUCGCUACGCCACCAGCGGAAAAUGUCUCGCUGAGCAACCAGCGGCACAAUGUCUCGCUACGCUACCAGCGGCACAAUGUCUCGCUACGCCACCAGCGGCACAAUGUCUCUCUACGCCACCAGCAGCACAAUGUCUCGCUAGGCCACAGGUUUGAAUGCAGUCAUGAAACUAUUUUACGUGAUAGAGCAGAUAUGGGAAACUAGCCUCUGGCCCGGUGAAAAGUUUCAGAAAAGUUAUUGACGUUUGUGUUAAGGAAAAAAGUCUAAUGGGAAAAGUCAGGGUCGCAUCUAAGGGGUAGUAUCGAAGGAGAUCGGCAAAAAAUGUAUGCCCGCCCCGGGUGACACUAAGCCUAGCUACGCCACUGAGAUGUAACCUACUGAGUGGUCUAUAACUUCAUAGAGCGAGCUUUAUUUUAAAAUAAAUGCAACAAAAUACUUUGUUAAAGAUUUUUUUAACAACAACAAUUCUGGAAAAUCAGAGAGCGUACGAAAUGCGCAGUUACGUGCGUGUAAUGACUUUGGACACAUUCUAAGAGAAUGUAAGAUAAUAACUCAGUACACAAUGAGAGCGUUGAAGAUAGGCUUAAUAUCUAAGCAUUGACUUUGUGCACACGGCAAGAGAAUGUAAGACAGGUCUAGUGUCUACAUGAAUGGUUGGCUGAAAACAAAGUUGGGGGAGAACUCAUUGUUCAAGUUAAAUCUAUCCAAAUAUAGCCAGACAUAAAAUGAAAUACAUUAAUGCUGAUGUGAGCUACGUGCAAUGAGUUCAGAGAAGAAUCUGUGCAGCGCAUUUUGCUGGUUCAUUCACCAAAAGAGUGUAUGAUGUGACGAUCAUUGAUUUUGAAUGAGAUUUCGAUCAUUCAAUCACGUACCUGCUAGUUAACCAUCCUACGUAUUUCCCAACAUGCUUCCAAAACACAGAAGCACAUUUAAGAACAAAAAAAUUAAUAUAUUUAAAUUUAAAAAAAAUUGAGUUAAAAACCUAUCUUCAGUUGUAGUUAUAUUAUAUUUUUUUUUACUUCUCCAGUUUCCACGGUAAAUUUAAAAUUACACAGAGAAUGGAUUUUUUGAAGGCAUUUAAAGAGGCGGAGAAAUUAGGUCUAACAUUUGAUACUUUUAAGGGUAUCUGGGAUAAGGAGUCGGAGAGCAACCACCUCAGUGUUGAAUUGAGACUCCUUGAACUUCGGACUGAGAGAUCACGGAUGGGACUAUCAGGGGUAACGUUAUCUUUUUUGUGUAGAAUACCGUUAUGUACGUUUAUUUACAUUUAUUUGUUUCAUCUACGGAAUCUCGUUGAUUUGCCUCGGUCAAAGUAUACCAUAUUGAAUUAACAAGUUUUCGAAUAAAUUUCCCUUGUGUAACAGAAUGAUGCUACUAGUCUUUUUCAUUAAAAAAAAAAAAUCUGUUCUAUGAAAUAUUUCACUUCACUUUCAUAACACUAAGGGCUCUGAGUAUGAUUAGCAAUAUUUCCCUUGUAUUGAGUUUAUUGACUGAAUUCAGGCUUUAAUUUAAUAGACAUUUUCUCACUGAUAUAAAAUUGUCCAUAUCUUUCUUAUUUCAAUAUUCACCAUCAGAUGACACUCAUCUCCUAACUGAAAAACUAUAUAUAUAUAUAUAUAUANUGUAUAUAUAUUAUUUUAAUAAUAAAAUAUAAAAAAGAGGAAGAUUUAUUUUAUUUUAUUAUCCAUACUUUUGUCUCUUUCUCUCUCUAAUCUCUCUAUCCUUUUCCCCCUGUUUCUCUCUAUUCUAAUCGUCUGAUUUAAGGUUAGCAAAUUAUUUCCUAUCAGAUGUGAGCUUGCAAAGUUUUACACCCCAGUGUUAUUUUACAGAAUCCAGAACAAAACCUGCUGGCGAGUGAUCAAUUCCAAGAAGUCAUCAGAGAAACUAAACACAUAUGUCAAACACUAAAGCAACUCACUACCAACGUGGACAACGUCUUGACUGAAAUGAACAACAAUCAUCGUAAAGUUCAGAUCAAUCUCGAAAAAAGUGUUGAGAGGCAGCGAAGCAUUUCUAAACUGUGUGAAAAGAUCUUCGAACUAAGUGAAGCUUGUAGCGUUAAAAUCAUGAAGGAGUUUUGCAAUGUGGUGACAUACAUCCGUGAGCAGAGCAGGCACGACACGGACCUGAUCAGAACCUACAUCCAACAGGAAUGUCAGUUUCUCUACCACGACCAGGCUAGAGGUGCCGCCACGAGAACAUCCGGACACGACUGCCUUCCGCCGCAGCCAACAACCGAUGCUGCCUCACAGCCACCUGGACAGGUUGUCACAGAUGUCCACGGGCGACCGGAACCCGUUGACGUUGUCACAGAUGUCCAUGAGCAACCGGGACAGUGCGAUGUCUCCACUCCAACCUCUGACAACAACGUCACAUCGCACGUGCAAGCACACAGGGUUGAUGAUGUUGUGUCAGUGCUAAUGAAGUCGUACAACGAUACCACAAGCAGCACAGGAAAUAGUACGCCAACGUUCCUAGACACGAUAAACUUUUCUAAAGAUGUAGCUGUUAUCAGUCAGGCAACUGUGAUAGACCAAUACGGACAUGAGAUCGCCAUGCAGAGCAUGCAGUAUUCAAAGACGGAUUUCCCAACGGCACAAGAACUUCCUUCAGAAAUGGAGGCUUGGACAUUACCACGGCGAUCAACCCAGCGUCGCUUAUCUCGACACUCGAAGUCUCGCUCAAACGCAAAAAUAAUUUCUGAAGAGAACAGUCAGGGUAAACAGACGGACCAGGCUGGAGAGAAUUUCCAAAGUGAAGAAAAGGAACGGGGUAAAGAGAAGUAUCAAGAUGGAGAGAAGGGGGUGGCUAAAGAGGAGGAUCGGGAUAAACAGGAGGACGAGGCUAAAGAGAAAGUCGAAAAGGGAAAGAAGGAACAGGCUAAAGAGAUGGGUCAGGGUAAAGAGAAGGAACAGGCUACAGAGAUUUGUCAGGAUAAAGAGAAGGACCAGUCUGAACAUAAAACCCAAAUUAAAGAUGAAGUCCAGUUUGAAGAGCCGGCUGCUCUAGCAAAUAAACUAUCAACUUUAGAAAAUCAAGCUGACUCUAAAGUAAAAGCAUUCAAGGAAAUUAAAAAGCAUCGCCCACUUCAAUCUUCGACAUCCCACUCCGAGAAAUCAAACAGGGCGCGAAGCAGCUCGGAAUCCUCUACACUAGGACGCGCUAGGGAAGAUUUCUCCCGGAGGAGUUUCCGUGUUGUUGAUCCUGUUGCCAAAUUUAUCCCUGACACAGGCCUGACCUUUGAACUGUUGAGCUCUUACUUCAUCACGCCCAGCUUUUACGAGACCGAUUACCUCUACACUCUGCCCAAGACACGCAGAGUCAAGCUUAGACUGGGUUUAAAGAAAGGCAACGCUCUGUCCAUCCAGCUGUUCGUUUCGCAGGGUGCCACGGUGGGCGAGCCGACUUGGCCCAUCUACUUCCACGGCAUCGGUAAGAUUUACAACUCGGAAACCAAGAAACCUUCGCUGCUGUGGAAAUUCAGUCAGUCGUGUGGGAAGCCCAGUCAGGGCGAGGAGAUCAAAUUGGACGCUACGGUUUGCCUGGUUACACCAUGCGGAAGCUAUCAGGACGUCACAUUACAGCUGCUGAGGAACAAUAAGUUUGAGAUGGACGACCGUUUAAAGUUCUUCUGGAAACUUACCGCGGAUUGAUCGAAACAACCAGUGGGGGACAAGGAAUGCGUUUCAAACAACCAAUUGCGAACCAGGAAUGCGUUUCAAACAACCAAUGGGGAACAGGGAAUGCGUUUCUAACAACCAAUGGGGAACCAGGAAUACGUUUCAAACAACCAAUUGGGAACCAGGAAUGCGUUUCAAACAACCAAUGGGGAACAGGGAAUGCGUUUCUAACAACCAAUGGGGAACAAGAAAUGCAGUUCAAUUAGUUGAGCAACUUCUAUUCCUUGCAGUGCAUGAAUUUCUCUAGUCAAUCAUGGAUGCAAGAAUUGCAUCAAGUUCUCAAAACAGUCAUGGAUGCAAGAAUUACAUCAAAUUCUCAAAAAAUCAUGGAUGGAAGCAGUACAUCAAGUUCUCAAAUCAAUCAUGGAUGCCAACUGUACAUCAAGUUCUCAAAUCAAUAAUGGAUGCCAACUGUACAUCAAGUUCUCAAAUCAAUCAUGGAUGCCAACUGUACAUCAAGUUCUCAAAUCAAUCAUGGAUGCCAACUGUACAUCAAGUU